AGCACACCCGUUUUCCAUGACCAGCAUCCCUCCAAAGUUCGUCAAGGGUCAAGUGGCAAGCUAAUGCUGUAAUUACCUAAUGUGCCACAGAACAUAAACACAAAAUAUAUGAACACUAUAGUUCAAAAAGUGAAACAAAUUACCAAUUAGUAGUAUAAUAGGAGAACUUACAUCGGCAUGGACACAUGAGUCAGAGCAUAAGCUCCACAAUGUCUUCCGGCUAUAGAAGUCAUAGUUUGGACCAAUGGUUCGUUAGGUGGAAGAUCUUCAGCAAAGAUAUAGUGAGCAAGCUUCACUUCUUCCUCACUGUAGCUUACGGUUUGAGGGAGAUUAAACCUCGUGGUACCCUACAAUGAUGGGCAACGAACAAACACAAUUAAUAAUUAAUCAUGCUCUUUUCUUCAUCGACAACAUCAAUGGGAUACAAGGCUAAUCUAAGUGAUCUGGUUUACUGGGAUGCUGAUUUGAACCCAUAAACUCUAAAACAAACAGAUUGUGAAUCACAAAUCUAAAGUGGUAGGCUUUUAUUUUGCAAAUGAAAAAAAUAAUUAAAGAAAAAACAUGUCUAGUAACAAAUUAAUGAAAGACCAAAUUAAUGAAAGAACACUGUAAAAUGCUCGGCUUGUUGGAUUACAACACUGUCGACAAUUGUUGUGCUGGAUAAUUGGUGUUUUUUCCCACACCUUUCUCGUAACGGUCAACUCCAAAUUCACCGUCAAGAACAAUCACAUUCGAGCCCAGUGUCCGUGGGGGGGGGGGGGGGGGGGGGGGGGGGGGGGGGGGGGGGGGGGGGGGGGGGGGGGGGGUCCCAUCAUCUCCCGUUUUAGUUCUCUUCGCCGGCAAUACAUAGUUCUCCAAAGCCUUUGCUGCAGAACGCGUUAGCCGUGUAGUCGACUGGCCGCGAGACAUUUUGUUGGGCAUAUUGAUCUCCUCCCUAAUAUAAUUGUACAAGAAAUCAACAUGUGGACGAGGAGAACAAAUACACCAAAAUCACAUAACCAAAGUUAAAAUAAGAAUAAAAAAGGAUUGAAAAACUAUACCCUUCCUUCCCCAUGAUGCAAAGGGCUUGUGGUUUAAUUAAGUGUGAGGCAGAGGGAUUGUGUUGUCUCUCGAAUGCAACUGAGGGUUGUGGUUUAAUAGUCGAGACAUAGGGGGUUUUAACCUCAUCAAUUAGGAAUAACGUAGUAGCAGUGUAGAAGUUAAUUGUGCCAAGUGUUUUUUUUGUGUGGGAUAAUUGUGCCAAGUCUUAUUCGAACUGAGGGAACUUCUAUAUUUAUCCCCUCAUUUAAUGAAACACAGUUAAUUAAUCUUCCACCUACUUCCUUAUAAGCUUCUAGCUAACUCACGGUGGUUGUAGAGAUUUUAAUUUAUUAUUAAACUGUAUAUUCACUUUUCUUAAUUUAAUAGUCCAUCUGUGAAAACAAUAAGGCUCUCGAUCCAGCCCAUGGUGUCAUUUUGUUUCUAUGGACAGCCCAUGGAGUCUCGUGAUAGCCUCUUCCUAUAUAGAAGAACCAAUUUGGCUGCGUAAAAUUAAGAGACUGCCCUAACAUAGAUUAGUUGUGAGUUGCGACACUCGUAAGCUGAGAUUUCCUGAGUUUCACAAAUCGUCUCACGAAGAUGGCAGACAAGGAAAAUAAUCCAAACGAUGUCAGUGAUGCUUCUAAUCCUCACACCGAGGAGGACAUGGCAGCGGAGGGAGCUCAUCCAAAAGAUGGCAUCGAUGCUUCUAAUCCUAACACCGAGGACAUGGCAUCAGAGGGAACUCAUCCAAACGGGGAUACUAGUUCAAAUAUAGAGGAAGAUGAUUUUGUCAAUCUACUACUUCUACAAACAGAAGAUAUUAUGAAACUCAGAUUCAAAGAUCUAGACGAAGCAUAUGAUUUUUGGAGGGACUACGGGCUGGCCACUGGGUUUGAUGUAAGAAAAGAGGAAAUUGGUCGAGAUAAGGACAAAGUCCCGAUAUGGCGCUGGUUUGUAUAUUCUUGCGAGGGAAAAAGGCGUAAAAAACAGACAGCCUGAAAGAGAGAGCCAAGAGCAGAGACAAGGUUUGACUGCAAUGCUAGGAUGCGUGUUCGAUAUGACAAGUCUACUUCGAAUUGGUUUGUGGACACCUUUGAUAACGAACACUCUCAUGCACUGAUUCCCCAGAUGUACAAGCACUACAUGAAAGGGAAUCGUCGUAUGAGUGAUGCAAUUAAAGCGGCAAUUAAUUUUCGAAGAGCUGCAGGCAUGAAAAUGCAUCAAAUCGUUUCACUAGCCGUUGCAGAAGCUGGAGGCUAUCAGAAGGUGGGGUUCACAAGGAAAGAUGCAUAUAAUUAUGUGGACAAAGAACGAAGAGAACAAAUUCGUGAAGGUGAUGCUGCUACAGCCCUGGCCUAUUUACAAGCAAAACUUAGUGCCGACCAACAAUUCGUCAUUGAACUAAAGAAAGAUGGUGAAGACAUGCUUAUUAACUUGUUCUGGGCAGAUUCUAUUUCGGUGGCUGAUUAUGCAUGUUUUGGAGAAUUACUGGCAUUUGAUGCGACGUACAAAAGGAACAUUUAUAAGAUGCCUCUAGUCAUUUUUUCAGGUACUAAUCAUGUCAUUCUUUUCAUAAUAUAUCAACCUCCUUUUGAUUUUAGAAGCCUAAUAAAGUAGGGAUUUGGAUGUGUUGCUGGAUGUUCAUAAAAUUAGGUUAGAGCCACCAUUUCUCUUAUUAGUUUGCUUCUUUUCAUAACAUUUUAUUGUUUUACUUUUAGGAGUGAACCACUGAUAGACCGUUAAUUACACAUGUUUUGACCCCUGUUCUUACACCGUUUGAGAUGUGGUUUCUCGUGUUUUAGACCGAUUUCACGCUAGGUUGUGCUUGUUUCUGAUAUUUCAGGUCCUGGCAAGUGAAUGAAGGUUUAGGAGCGAG